GCGAAGAGUUCCUCGAGAAGCCUUGCAAUGCGUCUGUUGUCUGCAUUGAAAUCCCGCAGGAACUUUACAACGAAUUGGUUGCGUUGGGCAUGAAGGGUCCAGAACGGCUGGACACAGGCCGAAUGGGUACAGGUCAACAGGAUACAGGCCGACAGGGUACAGAGGAGCAGGGUACGUAUGUGGAUUUCUAUGACGAGACAGAUUUCGAGACCUAUACUGACCACACGGAGACGGAGACGGAGACGCCAACCCCGACUGUAUAUUAUUGCGAUUACUACUAUGACUACUACAACUGGUACGAGGGAGGACCGGAUAGCUGGCCGUGGAAGCUGGUGGAGCAUUCAGAGGAAGAUGUAAAGGAACGCUUUUGGUGGAAUCAUCAUCAUCGUCCUCAAACCACAAGUGUCAACACACUCUGCAACAACUGGCAGACGUUCCUGGGAACAAUCGACACCACCUCCAACACCACCGUGACAAGCACUUUCCAGACUUUCUUUACUUCCUUCUGCAAUACGAUCACGAGGUCCGGUGUUGCAGCGCUCGGUCACGAAGUUCCUGAGGACGAAGGAAGGAUCGAGGCCCGUCAUCCCCCUCCUCACCCCCACCCUCACCCUCCUUCUCCUCCUCCUUCUCAUUCUUCUCCUCCUCCUCCUCCUCCUCCUCCUCCUUCAACCUCCGCUUCAGUCAAGGAGUCUCGCAUUUUGAAAGCUCUGAGGAAUGUGAUGGCUUAAGAUGACGUCAUUGCCCCCCACCACCAACUGCGUCUCGUGAGGAAAAGAGGGGGAUACAUCCAACACACAAGCAUAUACAGUGAAUACAAUCACCACAACAUUUCAAAAACAGUGUGGUGAUCAAGGCACAUAUAUGCAGAAAGAAAGGAAGAAAAGCGAUAUUUAAGUAAGAAGAAAUAGAUUAUGAGUUCCAGUUGGGGAUAAUAUACGUCAUGUCAUAUAACUAGGACAAUGAUGAUAAAGAGAAUGGUGAUGGUAAUGAUGAAUACUGAUCCAGGUAACGAGACUGCAGUAAUUAAUUAUAUUAAAAGUAUCAUCACCUUUGCCUGGAAAUAAAUAAACUAUAAUAAAGAAAA